AUGUCACCCCCACAUUCAGGAGUUGCUUUGUCAGAAAAAACAUUUAAUGUAUUGAAGGAAUGGGGUAUUGAUAGGAAGAUAUUUUCCAUCACAUUGGAUAAUGCAACUGCUAAUGAUAGUAUGCAAGAUAUUCUUUCAAGUCAAUUGUCUUUGCAAGCACCUUUAGUAAGUGGCGGUAAAUAUUUUCAUAUAAGGUGUUGUGCUUAUAUUUUGAAUCUUAUUGUUCAAGAAGACUUAAAAGUGAUUGAACGUGUUGUGUAUAACAUUAGAGAAAAUGUCAAGUACAUUAAGGGUUCAAAAGGCAGAAAACUUAAGUUUGAAGAGUGCAUUAAACAAGUUGGUAUACUUGUUUCAAUCAGUUUGCGCUUGGAUGUACCAACUAGGUGGAAUUCAACUUUCAUGAUGAUAGAAAGUGCACUUAUAUAUCGACGGGCUUUAAUUCAUUAUGCUUUACUUGAUGCAAAUUAUAAGUAUUGUCCGUCAAAUGAAGAGUGGAAUAGAGCUGAGGUCAUUUGCAAUUUCUUGAAGCCAUUUUACGACAUGACAAAACUCUUCUCGGGUUCGGAUUAUCCUACAUCUAGUUUGUAUUUUUCAAAUAUAUGGAAAAUUCAAUUGCAUUUAGUUGAAACAAUGGAAAAUCCGGACUGCAUUGUUAUUGGUAUGGCUGCAAAAAUGAAAGAGAAGUUCGAUAAAUAUUGGAAGUGUUAUAGUGUCGUUUUGGCAUUUGCUAUUGUUCUUGAUCCUCGUUACAAGCUUCAAUUUGUCGAAUUUUGUUACUCAAAGAUUGAUUCAUCCACUUCUCGACAAAAGCUAAAUCUCCUUCGUCUGAAGUUGUACUCUCUAUUCCAAGAUUAUGCAAACAAAUCAAAAUCUUCUUUGGAAUCUACUGCUCCAUCUACUCGGGGUACUGGUGGUAGUGACAAUUUCAUUAGAGAUGAGCUUUCGGAAUUUGAAUUUUAUGAAAGCCAAUAUUAUGCUACUACAGAAAAAUCUCAAUUAGAUUUAUAUUUGGAAGAGCCCAGGCUAAAUCAUGUGGAACAUGCUGAAAUGGAUAUAUUGCGCAUUGGAGCCCAGGUUCUUAACAAAUAUCGAAGAUCACUUUUGCCAGAAUAUGCAGGAGCAUUGAUAACAACUCGAAAUUGA